CGAGAUAGGAGGCUGAAGUUCUCCUCUGUGUGUGUCUGCUUUGUCUUGAGGAGAUGGAGAGAUUGGGCGGAUCUUCCAGGUCAGAGGUCACGUACAUCAAGAGUUUGUAGGUUUGCUGUUUGUCUGGGUCUUGCAGAUGGACUACAGACACACUUCACAGAGGAAGAGCUGGCUGAGUAGGAGGAGUCUGACUGUCCAUGUGUGAAUGGAAUUAAAGUUUGUGCCGUCACAGGGUCAUGUCGGCUGAGUGCUCAGAGCAGCCCUGCAGUUAAAGCCUGGAGGACACAAAAGCGAAGAGGCAGCAAGAGGAAGAGAUGGAGAAAGAGGAAGUGGAGGUUCCCUGUGGGCAAACCCAGCCUCUCUGUAGCCUGAGGCAGGAGCAACCAAGAGAAGAGCCGCUUUCAUCACAUGACCAUAACAGCAUACAGGAAGUGAUAUCAGAGGGUGAAUUAGAGCAGAGCCAAAGGGAGGAGAUACUGAGGUUUUCCCACAUGACUGUCAGCCAAGAACUCCAGCAUGGAGGGUCAGGUGCAGGUGCGAGCAAGAUCGAACAAAACCACCCACAGUCUUUCUCAAGGGACUCUUCCACCCUUUCUCACCCAGACAGGGGCUGGGAGCGCCGGGUAGAGGAGCCCAGAGGGUCUGGGCCUUUCUUCUUUUUUGGGGGAACAAAUGGAGCUGAAAUAGUGAGCAGUUACUGUGAGAGAAGAGGAUGGAAGAGAGUUUACAACAAGCACAGGGAAGAUUUCAGACUCAAGUGGUGUGAGACAAAAUCUCCAGCCAACUACAAGAACUUCAGAGAAGGUGAACAGCUGAUGUACCAGAUUCCCAACAACAAGGUGCUCACCACAAAGAUCGGCCUCCUCAGCAGUCUGAGGGAAUACGAGCGAGUCAGCAGCAAAGUCAACCACGGAAGAGGCCUGAGGAGGCUAAAAAUGGAGGAGUUCAUUCCUACGACCUUCCGCAUGGAUGUAAAGGAGGAGAGAGACGCAUUCUUUGCCCAGCAGGAGGGUUUGAGCUUCAAAGAGAAUCAAAUGUGGAUUUGUAAGCCUACGGGUCUGAACCAGGGCAGAGGGAUCUUUCUGCUGAAGAGCCCUGAGGAGGUUUAUGCCUUCAGACUGAAGCUGCAGCAUGCAGAGGACAGCCAGGCCAGCAGGAGGAUGUACCACCACCAGCCUCAAGCUCGCAUCAUCCAACAUUAUAUCCAGAAGCCGCUGCUGCUGAAGGGGAAAAAGUUUGAUGUACGCUCUUACCUUCUGAUCGCCUGCACUGCACCGUACAUGGUCUUCUUUCGUCAUGGAUAUGUGAGGCUGACCUGUGACCUCUAUGACCCCAGCUCUAACAACCUCACUGCACACCUGACCAACCAGUACAUGCAGAAGAAGAAUCCUCUGUACAGCCGGCUGAAGGAGGAAACCGUCUGGUCCAUGGAGCGCUUCAACACCUACGUCAACGAAAGGUUUCAGGUUGCCAAGGGCCUGCCCAGGGACUGGGUGCUGGGCGUUUUUGCAAAACGUAUGCAGCAGAUCAUGACACACUGUUUCUUGGCGGUCAAAUCCAAGCUGGACUGCCGACUUGGCCUCUUUGACCUGAUUGGCUGUGACUUCAUGGUUGAUGAGGAAUUCAAGGUGUGGCUGUUGGAGAUGAACUGUAACCCGGCUCUGCAUACAAACUGUGAUGUCCUGAAAGAAGUGAUACCCAGCACUGUUGUGGAGACACUGGAUUUAACUCUGGAGAUCUUCAACAAGCGGCGCCUCAGGCACAAGAUUUUUCCUCUAGACAGUCAGGGAGAGUUUCUGCUGCUGUAUAAUGGAGUGUUUCCUCCUGAUUCAGCUCCAAUCUGCAGAAAAGGAGACAGAAACAGUCAGUUCAACCAUAAAAGAGCCAAAAAGGCUGAGCUCAGGGGAUCCAAGUCAAGGGCUGGAGGCAGAACUUUACCCUCAGCCACCCCUGAUAAAUCUGUAAGUGCUUCAGAGAGCAGUCAAGGACAGAGUCAUUCAAAGUCCUCCUCACCUCUCCCAAAUAGCAACAGCUGCAGCAUACAGGCUGAGAGAUAUAAAAACCACAGGCCUCAGGGUGAACUCAAGCUAAGACAGUGCAUUCUUCAUCAUAAUCUGAAGGCUGCAGAUGACAUAAAGCACGCUGAGUCUCAGGAGGAGACGAGGGUCAAAAUGCCACGAUCAUCAACGAGUGAGGAUGUCUCCUUUUUUGACUCCCUACAUUCAACAAUGUCAGCAUCCCUUCCUCACACUGGAUCUACGGCUGAAUGUGGAGACAGACUUGAAAGCAAAGAAGAGCUUGGGGAAGAAACGCUCUCCUGGGUUGUCUGGCUGCUGAUCAGGGCUGCGUGCUGUGGCGCAGUGCUCCGUUGGAGUAAAACCAUGGCGCUGGUGCAGUCGUUGUAUGUGGAAAUUGCAGACUCUGUUGCAGGUAAACACAGGCGGGUUAUGGCUCCAUCUUUCCCAACAUGGUGCUUGCUUCAUUCGCAACAAAGAGGCCGGGAACAUCAGAGAGCGUGACUUAUCCUCAUGAGGAGUGUGGCACACACACAGCAGGGAUGAUUGUCUGGGCAGAUGGUGCUCAGUGUGUGAACUAGGAGCUGAGACGAGACAGAGAGGGACAGAGUCUUCGUCCAUCAUG